AUGCACUUACACAGAACACGAAGGAGGGAGCAGUCUGUUUAAUGCUCGCUACAGCCACAAACAGAUGUCUCGUACUAUAAGGAACGGCAACUCUGGAACACUUUGACCUCAAGGAAUGAGCCACACUGGAAGGAGCACUGCUGAUUCCCAGAGAGAGACAUACAGAGAGAGUGAAAAGCAGAGGCAGAGGGAGCAGGGUUAAAAGUCUAGUUGUUGCAGUGGGAGCGCUUCCAGAUGACAGACAGUCUUGGUAAGCCUCAGCAAAGCCACCAAUGAGCCGGCGCCUAGCAACACUAUCCAGAGGAUCUGCGCUUCUUUGCUUCUCUACUCCCCCACUAGUCCUGUGGAGCGGCUGAAAAAAAAAAGACAAGAAGAAAGAAACAAAAAAAAUCUACCACCUACACAGAGAUCCUCAAGCCAACUGCAGACACCGAAUCCAGAGGAGUGCAACAAGUAGAGCACUGAAGGAAAAGAAAGUAGAAGGGAAGCAAAGAGCAAGAAAAUCAACUAAAGAGUAAGGUCCGAGAGUCAAGCUGCAGCCAGCCAGAGCCAGUGGAAUGGACCUAGGUGUCUGCCGGAUUAACCCCCGCGUGCCCACAGUGCUGUCUGAGGAGGAGGGCUGAGGACCUGCUGCAACAACAACCCACUACUGAAUGAGGAUGAACGGAGAUGUUCUUUAGCUGAGCCUCAACACAACAAGCUUGCCAUUCCUUCUCCACGUUAGCCGGGUCUGCAUUAGCCGGUGGCCAGAGGGGGAGGUGGUGGUGGUGGAGGAGGAGGAGGUGGACAGGAGCCAGGGGGCCCUGAGCACUGCUGGUGCUUCUGCCCAAGAGGAGAGGCCAGCGGGCGGGCAGGGCACUGAGGAGCAACAGGGGUUGGGAGAAGGAGACGAGGGAGGGGGAGACGUGGCGGGCGUCAGGCGUCGCAUGGCCGUGCGGAGGCUGGUGGCGGCGGCGGUGGCGGUUGCCCUGCUGUCCCUGAUCCUUAACAAUGUGGCAGCCUUCACCCCCAGCUGGGUGCUGCAAGCCCUAGAGGAUGGACGCAAGCGCACUGUGGGGCUCUGGAGGAUGUGCCCCACUGGUGGGGGCCGUGAUGAGUCUGUGAAGAGGGGGCAGGGAACACAGAAACAGUGCGAGAGCCUGGGAUGGGGCUCUGAGUAUGCAGGCUAUCAGGAGUCCCGCAGCACUGUCAAAUUGCAGUUUGACAUGAUGCGGGCCUGCAACCUGAUGGCAACCGUGGCCCUGACUGCCGGUCAGCUGAUCUUCCUGUUAGGCCUGAUGGAGCUGCCCUACAUCAACCAAGACUCACAGUGGUGGGAGGAAGCCAUCGCUGCACUCUUCCAGCUAGCCAGUUUCGUGCUGGUGAUAGGACUUGUGACCUUCUACAGGAUCGGGCCCUACACACAUCUGUCUUACUCCUGCUACAUGGACAUAGCGGCUUGCCUCCUGGUCACACUGGCCGCAGCCAUGCUCAUCUGGAAUAUUUUACACCGCCGUGACGACUGCCUUGCACCCCGGGUCAUCAUCAUCAGUCGCUCGCUUGCUUCGCCCUUCCACCCACGUCUAGACAAUGACUACGUGGAAUCGCCUUGCUGAACCACGUGACCUCUGACCUCAUUAACCAAUAAGGAGCGACAGAAAUGAAAAGACAGUGUUGCCACUCUUCCUCAUGUUUGAUUUCAACUAGGUGCCUCCCAUGUGACUCUCUGGAGAAGAGGACAGUAGUGCCUGUUGCUCCGUGACUGCUGGACUAACAUGUUCAAUCCUACUCCCAUCAAGAAAAAACAAAAAAACAUGGGAAUAAUAUUGCUGCUUGGUGCACAGAAUUUUGGAUUUAACAAAGCAAAAUGUAUAAAGCAACUUAUAUACAACUUCUGGUCAACUACAAAUAUGACAGUUACAUAAAACGCUAGGGUGCGAUAAAUUUACAGUUUCAUUUUUUUAUAUGUUUAAGUGAGCUGAAUGGUAACUAAAUAUGAAAUUUGGAAUGGGAUUUCCCUUAGUGAAACAUCCUGCUUAUGAAAAGAUCAAGCUGGAACUUGACAUAUUUUGCUAUACAUGCACUUAUGUAAUGACAUAUACUUUCUGCAUGAUAUCAUCCACAAUAUUAAAAGUAACGUGGAUUACGACUGUAGAAUUAGCAUCAACUUGAAAAUGAGUGAACCCAGUUUUAGAGUAUUGAAACAAAAUGGACUGCAUUUUUUUUUUUUUUUUUUGGAUUAUAAAUUGGAAACUAUUAGAGCUAUUGAAAAUACAAUACCACAAUACCUCACCACUUUCUUCAUACCGUCUUCAAUCAUAAAACAUUUAGUACACCUUCAUAUUAGUGAUAAAUAUUACAAGUAAGUAGAUAAACUAACAAAGCAAAAGCAGACGAGUGACAAGACCUCAGUAAAAUCUUGAUUGAGCUUACCCAAAUUAAUAACACUGUUUAAUUGGAAAAGCAGCCAUUGAGAGACUUAUCUUGAAGCUUAAAAAUGCACACUUACAAUUGUUGGCUGCUUACCAGUUUUGUGAAGGGAAUCAUGUGUUUAUUAAAGAAUUAACCAUUUUUAUAAUAGAUAAAUCAUUUUGUAAUUAAAUAUUCAUUUUAACAUUGAAGCUCAUUUCUUGUGAUGCUUUUUAUAUGAAAAUCUGCUCGCUUGUGGUACAUAUACUUAAAUUAAUAUAAUACUAUGGUAAAAAGAAUAGUGCUAUUAGUAGUAGUAGUAAUAGUAAGUUUUGUGUCCAUAUCAUACUUUUGCAAGGAUCUCUUGGCUGUUUGUGGAUCUGUCACAUUGCCAGACAUAGAGGUGCACAAAAAUAAUAAUAUAUCAUGCAAACUCAAUAAAUCUGUUGAUGGAUAUGCACAUACAUUAAUUGCUGUUCUGUCUGUUGAUGUUUCAAGAUGUGGUUUGACAAAUAAAAACAUUCAC